AUGUCUGAAGGUCAGCAGGCAGCCGUUAGAGACGAUGGUGAUGGAUUCGCUCAAGAAGAGCCAAAUGGUGUGGCACACUCGGAAAAGAUCAUUCCUCAAGUCCGAGAGUGUAAUUGGGAACAGUUCAAGAACAGACAUAACGGUAGUGGAGAGGUUUCCGCUUUGGAGGUGCUGGUUGCUGGUGAUUCACUUCCACGUCAAAUUUAUGACGAGGAUGUCAGAAGGAUGCACAUUCCUGGACAUAACUCUGAACCUCCGUCUUUCCUUGCGGACCCGACCAUCACGAUCAAAAAGCACGGCCUAGCACAUAGCAAAGUACGCAGCGAUCGUUGGAUCCAACAGGUCCGGAUCAAUUCCAAAGCCGUGAUGAAGAUCCUUGGAAAGUUCAGUGAUGCCGACAAAACUUGGGAAGGGAAACCACACACAUUCCUGCAGCCUUUUCGACAUCUCCUUCACUUCCACGAGAACAUGAAGAAGGAACUUCACAUCAUCGACGCAAAGAUUACAGGCUCAUCAGUACCACCAGAAACGAAUGUCACCUCGCUGGAUGCAUUCAAGCUGAUGGACACAGCGCCUGCUUCCGUUGCCGAUGGUGGAGACAUGAACAAUAAAAAAGAGCAAGAUCCAGACGAUCUGGAAGCGUUGUAUCUGAAGAAAGAAACGCUUGAAGAGGUCCAGUGCUACGUCAACUUUGUAGAAGACCACCUGCUACCUCUGCGCCAACGAUUCCGUAAUCCGACCGCGUCAGGAGUGCCCAAAGUAGGCUACGAAGAUCUGAGCUAUCUCUUCGAGCCGGGCGAUCUGGUGUAUGUCCCACAGUCGAGCCAACAAGGGCCCAUCGCAAACUCAACUGUACAGGAGAUCCGAAGAGUUUUUCGGGUUCACGUCGGCUACAAUAAAGAGUUGCUGACCGGCUGCGAUUGCUCCGUUUGCAGGAUACACAAGUUUACCUCAGUGCAGUCGUACUACUUGGACUACGACGGCGAGGGAUACGGUUGUGUUAUGACACCAAUCUCCUUUGAACCAUUUCCGGGGAAGAAACUUGUCACUGAGCUGCCAUGUUACCCUCUUCUGUUCGUCAAUGAUCGGGAGAUGAAGCUGAAACACGCCAAGAGUGACGGGUACAAAUUUGUGGAAAACAUCGCCAACCGAUACGGCUUCUAUGACGGGUGGUCGGUCAGCAAAAGUCCUGUCGGGGACAACCUUGAAGACGCAAGAGGAGGUAUGAUCAAGAGCCCUGAGCAUAUCCAGAGCGACGUGUUGGUGGACUUCAUGGAAGCUUCCAACGUAUAUCCAAAGUGGAAACCCGAGCUGACCCCACAAGAAGAAGACGCAUACACUCUGUCACCAGUUAGCGAUGACACAUCCAUCAUAACAUGGAAGGGUUCUAACCGGAAAGAUCUUCUUCGAGAAAGCCCUGACAGUCUCAUGGAUGACAGUUUAUUCGAGUUCCUGGAGUACAAUGCUUAUAUUAAGCGCGAUGCCUUUCUGGCGAAGCAGCAUAACCAAGACCCUCCUACUGGAGAAGACCUGGUCCUUCUACCACGGCGCAUGUUUGCGUACGCCGUACGGGAUCGUAAGUUCGUGCAUAUCGACUCUCGCUAUCUCAAGCCCGUGAAGCAGCUAGGCAGGGCGGCUGAGGCAUUCACAGAUCUUCAGAUUGAGGACAAGAACAAACGACUCAUCGAAUCGCUUCUGAAGUCGCACUUCAGGAAGAAAAAGGAAGAAUCGGAGGGCACGGAAGUUCCCUCGCAAGAUCUCAUUCGAGGAAAAGGCCGAGGCGUUGUCAUCCUUCUACAUGGUGCACCAGGCGUUGGAAAGACGGCCACAGCGGAGGCCUUUGCCCAGAAAUAUGAGAAGCCGCUGUUUCCGAUCACCUGCGCUGACCUUGGUUUUACUCCGGAAGGUGUGGAGAAGUCGUUGAAAGAAUUCUUCCGCUUGGCCCAUCUUUGGGACUGUGUUCUGUUACUCGAUGAAGCUGAGGUCUUUCUUUCGCAAAGAGACAAGAAUGAUCUUCAAAGGAAUUCUUUGGUGUCCGUGUUUCUGCGCAUGCUCGAGUAUUACAACGGUGUGUUGUUCCUCACGACCAAUCGAUUUGGGGUUCUUGAUGAGGCAAUCAAGUCUCGAGUUCACCUCCAUCUGCGAUACAACCAGCUCAACAGACAACAGACCACAGAGAUCUUCAAGCACAACAUCAGUCGACUCAAAAGAAUCGAACUUCAACGCCAGGAUCCAGCUGAUCGCCUAUUUAUCGUUGAAAGCGAAAUCAACGAAUUUGCGCUGACCCAUUUCGACGAGACCGCCAAGUCUGGCGUAGGCCGGUGGAAUGGCAGGCAGAUUCGAAAUGCAUUCCUGAUCGCUGCUUCACUCGCGCACCUCGAUGGCGAUGACAAUCCCGGCAUGCAGAGACAGCUCAGAAAGAUGCAUUUCGAUACUGUCGCCCAGACGAUCACAGUAUACGAUAGCUUCGGAACCGCCACCCUGGGUCGAGAUGACAGUCAUCUUGCCGACGAGCGCGAGGAGAGAUACGACGGGUUUGAUCAACGUUCUAGUGUAGCUUUCCCGAGUAGUCCAUAUGGACAGCCUUCGUAUGCCCCGCCGCAACGUCCUGGGCCUUCCGGCUACUAUGCUGCACCGACAGCUCAGAAUGAACGUACAAAUUAUACGGGGGCUCCGGUACGUGGCCAAGCCUGGUACUCCGACAGCAUAUAA